GAGCCUGAGUCCAGCCGGCUCCGGAAGGCUGAGUGCUGAGCAAAUCGCUAUCUGAACAGCAUCUAAGCUAGUAAAAUUAAAGAGAUUUUUUUUUUCUGGGUGCAGCUUUUUUUUCUACUUCUAGAAGGUUUUGCAAAGGAAUGCUCUGCAGCCUUCUGCAUGCAAAAUGUGACUACAGUUUGGUAGAAUGAAAAAAUAGUGUUAUUUUUGAGGUUUCCUUGGCCUGAAGAGAGUAAAAUCGACAACGUAAUUGAAAUCAGCUGGAAAACAGCACCAAGAAAACGGUCUCCAAACAGUAGCCUCUUUUGUUUGCAGCAGUCAGCAGCCAGUGACUCCAGCAUUCCUUGCUGCAUUCCCAGUGCCCAGCGUGGCAGCCCUGAAACGGGGCACAGCCUGGUGAGGCAAACCUUCCAUGCCCCCUGACUGGUUUAGGUGUUUUUGUGCUUAGCAGAUUCUAUCAGGUCAUCGCGGCAGGUGUGUGCAGUUCCGGUCGAGAGGCUGAUAGGGAGAACUGUACCUUUAAUUAAAAGGGGAUACACAUUGCUCCAUUGCAAUCCAUCCUAUAAGCUUCAGAGUAGCAAACCUCAGUGCAGAGCCUGGGACUUGGUGCACGAGGGCAGAAUUCUGUGCAUUGCACAACCUGUCAUCUCAACUUUGUAAAGAACUCUCUUUUUUAUUUUUUUUUUGUUGUUAUUUUUGGACUUUGAAAGAGAGAAGAGUUUUUCUACCCGUCUGAACCAUGAGUGGAUGUUCAAAGAGAUGUAAGCAUGGGAUUGUCAAAUUUGCCCGGACUAUUUUUAAGCUCAUCACAGGCACUCUCAGCAAAGAUAAAAUUGAAGAUGAAUUAGAAAUGACUACAGUGUGCCAUAGACCCGAGGGACUCGAACAGCUUGAAGCACAAACCAAUUUCACGAAAAGAGAACUUCAAGUGCUUUAUAGAGGAUUUAAAAAUGAAUGUCCUAGUGGGGUUGUUAAUGAAGAAACAUUCAAACAGAUCUAUGCACAGUUUUUUCCUCAUGGAGAUGCCAGCAUGUAUGCACAUUACCUCUUCAAUGCAUUUGACACUGCACAAAAUGGCUCAGUGAAGUUUGAGGAUUUUGUGAUGGCAUUGUCUAUUCUUCUACGCGGAACUGUUCAUGAAAAGCUAAGAUGGACAUUUAAUCUGUAUGACAUAAAUAAGGAUGGCUAUAUAAACAAGGAGGAAAUGAUGGAUAUCGUAAAGGCAAUUUAUGAUAUGAUGGGAAAGUACACAUAUCCAGUGCUCAAGGAAGAUGCACCAAGGCAGCAUGUAGAAGUGUUUUUCCAGAAAAUGGAUAAAAACAAAGAUGGAGUUGUAACUUUAGAUGAGUUUAUUGAAUCGUGUCAGGAGGACGACAAUAUCAUGCGAUCGUUACAGCUCUUCGAGAAUGUCAUGUAACCACGUAACCAAGCGAUGGAGGAGUCUGAGACUUCCUGUGUAACAAAGAUCUCCUUUCUGGGUGAAAGCUUUUUACAACUGAGCCAUGUCCAGUGCGUGAGGAUUUUGUAUGACAUCUCCAACCAAAUGGCAACUGAAUGCAACCGAUCCCACCUCUUCUCCCCAGGAGAUGCCGGUGGCCCUUUGUUUCAUUUUGGAAGCAUGUGAAUAUUUUAAUAAACCCUGACAAGAGAGAACUGCUGCUCGAAGUUCAAUGAGUAAUAUAGAGCAUUGUUUGCUAGGCACAAGUCCUGCUUUUAAUCUAGCAAGCUUAAUUACCUAUGAUAGCACAUGUCAAUAACUAUUCAGCCAUCUAUUGCCAGUGACAGCUCAGUCUAUGCUACCAUAUGGCACAAUAUUUGAUGAAUGCCUUGUCGUUUAUCUGCUUCGACAAAAGUCACAUCUACCAGGGCAGUCUGUGAAAAAUGAACAGUCAAUGUACCUGGGACAUUGAGCAGACAGGCUAUGUAACCAGUAUCCCCAUUUCUGCAGAGAUCCCACUUCUCACAUGCGCUGGUGCCACCAUGCUGAGUUUGGUGGAGUUCUUCCUGAACACACAAACCAGGGGAUCUUCAUGGCAGGGUGAGCCAGAAAGGAGCAAAACAUGUUGCACAUAUAAAAAACAAACUACAGAACAAGUCCUGUUCAAUGAUGGUAAGUUCCUGAAAGACCAGGCAGGUUUAUAAGGGCUGGUACAGAAAGAUCAUUACCUGCUCUGGUCCCAGCCACCUGUUGCAGUCUCAGCAUGUGGUGGGACACCAGGUGAUUCCCCACUGUGCAUCUCAGAAGCAGUGUGGGCAUGUGCUGUGGUCCUUUUGCUGUAGUUUGGCACACACUUCCUAAGUUCAUAAUUUGAAUGUUUAUAUUUUUCCAUUGGACAUGACAGUAAGUUCUUGCCCCCUUUAUGGACUUAUUUACUUAGUGAAGAACAGGGCCCAGAAGAUGCAGCUGUGUUUCCACAUACAGACCUUGGCACCCACAAAUUGCCCUGUACAUGUGAUUGGGAGCUACUGAGUUGUUGUUAGCCUCAGAAUCACAUGCCAAGCCCACAUUUUUGUCCUACAAGGCAGUAGCAUACCUUGUACAAGCCCCGUUUCCUUGCUAAUGCCAAGUAGAGUAUUGGUUUGGGGGGUUGGUUUUUUGAUUGCUAAAACAGAAAAAAGUAAUGAAUUUACACCAAGGUUGGAUUUUGCCCAGUAGAUGAUUUGUCAGCUGGGGAACGUGUCAGAGCCUUCUCUGCAGAAGCCUCUUAGGAAAGCUGACACACUAUAGUGCCAUUGCCAUCUCCAGGUAGGUAAUGGCUGAGAAACCAAGGCAAGGAGGGAACAGACAACUUUUCCAGCUGCUCAAACCACAUAGACAGGAUGGUCCCUGCCAUAGUGCUGCAUUGCUCCCAUUCCAUAAGCAUAUAUUUUUAUUGUAUCAGAUACUAUAUUACAAAUAAACUGUUAGCAGUGAAGAUAUAUUUUAAAAAUUAUGUAAGUGUAAGCUUUUUAUAAUACAGAAUAUAUAGAAUGUCUCAAUUCUGUAGCCCUAAUUUUAUAAAAAUUUCGUCUAUUGAAGCAUUCCUGAUUAGAGAAGUAGGUCUGAUCAGUCCUAAUGUAAUGAAUGAUAUGCUGAUUGCCCAAGAUGGUGCAUUUUCACCUUUUACUGUGCUCCUCCAUACACUUCAGUGUAGUCUUAAUUUUAUUUCUCUAAGCUGUCCCCUUGCCAUAAGAAGUGCUACUCGAGUGAAGUUGCAUGUCUGCAGGAAUGACAGUCUCUAGUCUGUCUUGUUUAUUGCCUUUCAUACAAGCACCAUUAAUUCCUUCCCAGCAGUGAUUCAAAGCACAGCAGCUCCCAUGAGGGGCUGUAUUCGCUUGAGGGAUGUCAUGCUGAGAGAGUAGCUUGUCCUCCAGUUGUUGGGUACUGUCCAUUUAGGUUUUAUGUAACAGACACUUGAUAAAGUCAUCAGUUGUAGCUGAAACAAUACACAGCUUACAGUGUUAUUUCUUGAUUCUUCUUGCAAUCACUUUAGCAAAUGACAGAAUUAAAUAUAAUUAAUUACCUGCUUUUCCCUCCCACCAAAACAACAUCUGUCUGUUAUCAGUCUAAGCAGUUAACUGCAAAGGAGGGAGAAGUGGUCAGGACAAUGGAAAAGACGAAUUUGCAUCGGGCUAGCACAGUGCCUUUCUCCUCUAACAGUCUUGCUCCCAAUGGGAUAAUGAGAUGGCACAUACAGACAGAAACGUUCAGAAUGUACCCUUUUCAAAAGAAAAUGUUAUUAGUUGCAUGAUGCCAUAGCCCCUGAAGCUAAAUUAAUUUCUGGAGUUACUGUGAUGAAUUUGGCCUCAGCUGGUUCCUGUCCCCACUGGCAGUAGUGCUGUGCAGGGCCUGCCUGUGCUGUCACCCUGUGUUGAGUGGAGCCCCAGUUUGACACCACACUCCCCACAGCUGGUGUCCCUGACAGUACCUGCUGAAGUGCAUUGCUGGGUACCAGUACUGACUCUGCAGUUCUGGCAUCUCCUUUGCUGCUGUGCCAGCUUUCCACUCCCAGGAAUGAUGAGGGUGCAUCAGGGAGAUGCUGACAGCCACACUGAGUCUGCCCUUGAGGCAUAAAGAACUUCAGUUUCGGUCUCAUAGGAGUCAGACACCUCCCAGGCACCCCUGAUGUUCAGCCCUGGGUUGAGCUCUGUGUUCCACCUGAAGCCCUAUGGUAGCUGAGACAGGAGGAUUUGCAAAGUGGUACCCACAGUUGUAUUUUCUUGUAGCUCAGAUUGCAGAUUCUGUCUGUGGCAGAAUUCUUGCCACUGCAAAACCAAUUAUUGCCCUAUGUCCCUGAUCCCACUGCUACAGCCAGAGGCUGGGAUGCACCAGUGUGCAGAUGUGCUCCAGCCAACAGGUCACAGAGAUCCAGUGACUGUGAGAGAGUCGUGCUCUGCAUGGAAAUGGCUUUGGUUGUUUUUUUUUUAUGUUUUCUCAUGAAUGUUACUCUGUAAACUUGCCAAGCCUCCCCUCGCUCAGAAAUGGGGCUUGUAAUAUUUAUGACAAAUAUGACUACAGCUUUCUAAAUAAAACCCAGUAUGCUAUUCCAAUCCCUACCCUCAUCAAUCCUCCUGCCAGUACAUGGAAGGCAGUUCCUGUGCUACUUCUCAGCUACAGUCAGACUAUGUCAGUGCCAUCAACUGUGCUCAUUUCCUACAAGUGGUGAAUGUUUAAAUAACGUCUGAAUCAGGACUCUGACUGUGUCAUUAGUUACAAACAUUAGUCUGCAUCUUUGUGCCAGCAUUUUUUUAAAGAAAGUCUUUCUAACAUGCAUUUUAUGCAACAUGUUGAAAAAUAGGAAUGUGAUUAAUGAUAAUGAAAAAAAAAAAAGAAAAAAAAAUGUACCGUGCCUGUUCUGUGGCUGUUUGGCUGUUUGUUUUCCUGUUCUUCUGAAUGCAUUGCAAUAUAGUGAGUAACCAUGAGCCAAGCUGUAAGCCCGAGGCACAGAUACCCUGAGGUUAGGGCACCAUGGGCAGGACUUUGGCAUUGCCUGACUGCAACAUGUGUUGAGAACAAACACCCAUGUGUCCGUUGGUGAUCUCUGGUGAGAUGAUAGCAGCAGUGUAUCAACCUUUUCUUCUUAUUCAUGGAAGUGCCAUGAAAGACCUAAGGAAAUGUGCAAAUAAUGUAAAUUGUGAUAACUAAAGCCAUGGUAAUGGAGCAGCCAUGUAAAGCUUCACUCUUACAAAUGCUAUUCUCCGAUGGUAAUUUGUAUUCAAUUUUGUUUAAUGGUUUAAAAAAUGUUGGUUUUAAUAAUAAAAAGAAAAUAUCUCUA